UGUUGUGAGGAGACUUAAUAAAAUAAUCGAUAACUAUUGGAUGGGGCAGUUUAGUAGUUGGACCACUGCUCCAAAAGAAGUAAAGGAAUUGUGGUGGAAUGAGUUCAAGCGGAAGUUCAGGUGGGAUGAAGCGGAAGAGAAAGAAGUUAAAAGAAUUUUUAAGAAGAAAGCCGGUGAUCACAUGCGAAAUGUGAUGAAUAGAGCAAAGAGAAGACAAGAAAAGCCGGAUUUUAUUACAGCUGACAAUUGGGCGGAAAUCAAAAGAAUUUGGGACACCGAAAAGCAUAAGCAAAUCAGUGAAAUUAAUAAGAAGAAUCGAGCUUCUAGUUCUAGUGAAGGGUCUGCCACAUAUGCUGGGGACUCUAUUAAUAUCGGGGAGCAUAGAAAAAGAAUGGCAGAUGAAUUGGGGACGGAACCAACAUUUAUGGCUACAUUUGAACGCACCUUUCAGAAAAAAAGAUAAGACAUGGACCGGCAAUCGAGCAAAAGUUAUUAAGGACAAAUAUGAUGAACUUGUAAUGAGCACGGCUGCUGCUAGUGGUGAUGGUGAUGGUGAUGGUGAUGGUGAUAGUGCUGCUGCGUCCGAGCCAUCGGUUGACAGUAUGGCAUUAUGGAUGGAGGCAUCGGGUGGAAUGAGAAGAGGUCAUAUAUUUGGGAUGGGAUCCUUGUCAAGUAUAUACAGAACGCCGGCUGCUGCAACUUCAUCCUCCAGUGCGGCUUUUUUAAGGGCACAACACGAGGAGCGAACGGACCAAGAAUUGAACCGCUUGAAACAAUUACUGGUACAGAAGGACGAAG